AUGUCUAUCCCCAAGAUUGCUGGUCUCCUCCUCAGCACGGCCUCCAUGGUCGCUGCUCACGGUUACGUCUCUGGUGCCGUUGUUGACGGUACCUACCACAAGGGUUUCAUUGUUGAUACCUACAACUACAUGUCCGAUGUUCCCGAGAACAUUGGAUGGACCGAGGAUGCCACCGACCUGGGCUUCGUUGACGGCUCUGGAUACUCUGGUGAGGACAUCAUUUGCCACAAGGAUGCCACCCCUGGUGCCAUCUCCGCCGAUGUCAAGGCCGGUGGUAAGGUCGAGCUCCAGUGGACCGACUGGCCCGAGAGCCACCACGGUCCCGUCAUCACCUACCUCGCCAACUGCAACGGUGACUGCUCUUCCGUUGACAAGACCGCCCUUGAGUUCUUCAAGAUUGACGCCGCUGGUCUCAUCGAUGACAGCAACGUCCCCGGUACCUGGGCCUCUGACAACCUGAUCUCCAACAACAACAGCUGGACCGUCACCAUCCCCAGCUCCAUCGCCGCUGGCAACUACGUCCUCCGUCACGAGAUCAUCGCCCUGCACUCCGCUGGCGAGACCAACGGUGCCCAGAACUACCCCCAGUGCAUGAACCUCAAGGUCACCGGCGGUGGCAGCGACAAGCCCACCGGUACCAAGGGUACCGCUCUCUACAAGAACACCGACGCCGGUAUCAAGGUUAACAUCUACACCUCCAUGGACUCCUACGAGAUGCCCGGUCCCGCUCUGUACAGCGGUGCUUCCUCCGGCUCCGCCACCGCCGCUGCCUCCACCGCUGCCGCUACCACUGCUGCUGCCACCCAGGCUGCCACCACCGCUGCUCCCGCUGCCGCCUCUUCCGUGAGUGCCGCUCCCAUCCAGAGCUCCUCUUCCUUCUCGCACCCACAAUUCUCCCGCACCCGCACUCUUCCCCGCCCCUCCCCCAGCAGCUCCCCUGCCGCUGUCCCCUCUGCUCCUUCCAACUCCGAGCCCAGCGGCUCUGACGCUCAGCCUACUGGUGCUCCCGCCGUGGAGACCAAGUACGCCACUAAGACCGUUGAUGGCACUGAGACCAUCUAUGCCACUGCCACUGAGACCCUCUAUGCCACUGAGACUGUGGAUGCCACUCAGACCGUUCCCGCUGCCGCACAGGUUACUGACGAGCCUGAUUCCCAGACCGCCAGCGCCGCCGCUGACAGCGUGACCGUCACUGCCACCAACGUCGGUGGACAGUCCGCCCAGAGCUCGACCCCCGCCUCCGGCAGCGACUCCUCCGAGGCUAGCUCCACCGCCGCCGCUGUUGCCACCCCCAGCUCCACCUCUUCCGCCGACUACUCUACCUACCUCAGCUCCCUGAGCGCUGACCAGCUUCUCACUGUUGUCCGCUCCACCCUUAAGUGGCUCGUCUCCGACAACAAGGUCCACGCCCGUGACCUUUCCUCUUAA